AGGCAAGUCGUGGCGAUGGAGAGGGUAUCUAAUGUGUUUGUUUCAUACCACAAGUUCGAUGUUCUCUCCACGCAGGAGUGCUUUCAGAGUGUGUGGCACUGGUCCAUCUACAUAGGUGCCAUCUACCUUAUUGUGGUGUACAGUGCUCAGAAACUUGUUAAGACGAAGCACGACACAAAAUGGAUUUUGGCAGUUUGGAACUUUUGUCUAGCAGGGUUCAGCUUGUGGGGUGCAUAUCACGUGACUUGGCUACUAGUUCAAGAUCUCAUGACCCAUGGCUUUGACAUGACAGUUUGUUCGGGUGACUACUAUUUACACAGGAAACCACUGGCUUACUGGCUCUACCUCUUCUGCCUCUCUAAGUUCCCUGAACUGUUUGACACAGCUUUCAUAAUUCUGAGAAAGGCUCCUUUACAGAUACUGCACACCUAUCACCAUGCUUCUGUCCUUAUCUUCUCCUGGCAUAUCCUGGCAUACGGGCCUGGUGCCAGCUACUGGUACGCCGCGAUGAACUUCUUGGUACAUGCUAUCAUGUAUACUUACUUCUGCUUACGUGCCGUGAAGAUCCAGAUACCACUGAUCCUAGCAAAGUGUAUAACGUCCCUGCAGUCAGUGCAGAUGCUUGUUGGAUUUACGGUUAAUUUCUACAGCAUUUACAGAAAGUUGAAGGGGGAGGAGUGCGGUAACACCUACGCUCACAGCAUUGUCGCUAUUGCUCUUUACUUCAGCUACUUUGUGCUGUUCUUGAGGUUCGCUCAGCAGAGAUAUUCGAAACCCAAGACUCAAUAAAGACAUUCAAUUCUAUGCUAUUUUUAUAUAGAUUGAAAUUUAAGUCUGUUUACGGUUUGCUACAUAUUCGAAGAUUCGCUGUUUUGGGGGAAUUAACUAAACUUGGAACAGUUAUCGAAUUUAAAUGCCCUAAAGAU